ACGUCAUCAGGACACGACUGAAGUCAGACAGAAGAGGAAGCGAAUCCUCCUCUGCGCGCCGGACUAACUCGUGGGAUAAUUGUCAAUGACAGCAGGCAGUGUAAAAGUCACUAUCAAGGUGUCCUGUCCUGAUGACCUGGACACCGGAACAGCCAUGGUAUUCGGUGUUUGAAAGUAGUUACGUUAGCUCAUUGUUUUAAAGCGCCCAGCAUUGAUAUGUCCAACGUAACUACAUCAAAUGCACAACACGAUGUUCCUGGAAAAACCUGCAAACGGCACACCAAGAUGAUGGACUCGUUGUAUAACCCUUUGGCUCUGGGCAUCAUGGCCGGCUUGGGCUGCGGUCUCUGCCUCGGCUGGCACCUCAGGGCCCGCUUCGGCCAGUCCUCCAAGAACCUUGUGGCGGCCGUGGCGAACUGCGCGAGCGAGUCCAGCGUGAUGGGCGAGGGAGGGGAGUUCAAGAUGAUCCUGGUGGUGCGCAACGACCUGAAGAUGGGCAAGGGGAAGGUGGCAGCCCAGUGCUCGCACGCCGCUGUGUCAGCCUACAAGCAGACUCUCCGGAGGAACCCGGAGCUCCUCAAGCAGUGGGAGUACUGCGGCCAGCCCAAGGUGGUGGUGAAGGCCCCGGACGAGGACACCUUGAUGGACCUGCUCAGGCACGCCAAGGAGGUCGGUCUGCCUGUGAGCAUCAUCCAGGAUGCGGGAAGGACUCAGAUUGCUCCGGGGUCACGCACCGUUUUGGGGGUCGGACCGGGGCCGGCGGAUCUGGUGGAUAAGGUCACUGGGCACCUGAAGCUUUUCUAGGAUGCAUCGAGAUCACGUCUGACUGAAAUGUUUUGGAUUUGUACUGCGAUGUAAUGACUUGAAUGUGGCCAAUUUCAUACGUUUCAGUAAAGAUCCGAAGUGAAAAAGUUGUCAGUUUAUACAUUUAUGUUGCAAAUAUAUUGACAUGCAUCUGAAGGACGAAGGUGUCUACCAAAUAAUAAAAGGUCUACCCAUCUUCA